AUGUUAGAGCAUGAUAAACAAGUUGAUAAAUCAGUGAGGAACAUCGACAAUAAGCUUGUUGAAAGCAUUGAGAAUCUUUCACCCAUGGAAAUGAUUUCAACCUCAUCCUUUGGUGAGGUGCNGGAUUUUAGGGGCAUAGGAAAAGUAGAAAAAGAUUUUAUUCCUCUAUUGGAAGAUGUUUGUUCAAGAUAUCCCUCACUUCUGGAGAGUAACAAGUGCAGAAGUCAAAGAUAUAAUGAAUGGGCUUUAACAGCUUUGGGUAGAGUUCUUCAUUUUCUCAACACUAAAAAAGUGAGAGAUAUGGACGAUGAUGCUUGCAAUCAUCUCCAAACUUUAUGGGAGGAACUUCACACCUUUGGAUUUGAUUUGGUAUGGCUGAAACCUCAUGUUCAAUCUGCCUUAAAUAUGAAAACUCGUGUUGGAAGAGUUCUUUUAGUGAAAAGGUUGGAGCGGAAUGUGACUUCUUUAGAAGAGAAAACAAAGGCUUUGAGGAGAAAGAUGAUUGCGGCAGAGUUAAUUUUUGAAAUAACAAGAAGAGACUUGGUGAAAGCAAAAGAAGACUGUGAUUUGGACAGUGAACUCGGUUAUGGAAAACCAUGA